AUGUGCAAUUUUCUUGAAUACAAGGAUUCGAAAGUGGUGUACCGCCGAUAUGCCUCCCUCUUCUUCAUCGCUGGCUGCUCGUCCACCGACAACGAGCUGAUAACCCUAGAGAUCGUCCACCGAUAUGUCGAGCAGAUGGACAAGUAUUAUGGCAAUGUCUGCGAGCUGGACAUUAUUUUCAACUUCCAAAAGGCCUACUUUAUCCUCGACGAGCUCCUGCUGGCGGGAGAGAUGCAGGAGAGUAGCAAGAAGAACGUGCUGCGGUGCAUCAGUCAGCAGGACAGCCUAGAAGACAUGGAGGUAAGCGGGAAUUUUUCUAAUUCUCCAUUCCUGGGGGUUGAAUGA